GGUAUUGACAUCAAACUUGUGCCACGUUACGAGCAUGUUGUUAUGGUGUAGUAAACAAAUCAUUUGGGAAAACAUCUCACUGUGGAUUGUGACUAGGCUACUCUAUGGCACGUUUCCUGUAACUUUUCAUAACAACAUCCAAACUCAAGCGCCGUGUCAGCUUGCCUCGGUCAUAUAUUCAAAUCGGCGAGGGUGAAGUUAUGUCAAGCCCAGAUUGUCCUGGAGUAAUCCGCUCUCUCUCUUUCUCUUUAUCGCGAAGAGCAAAGUCUGCCACUCGUAGAAGAAGUAGCCUACCUCACCAACGUCACGCGCAGUUUACAGAACUUCCAUCUCUCCAACAAUGAAGAGGAUGCUGCUGUAGUUCCCUAGUCUGUGUCACAGGAAGGAAACGCUCCAAAAACUCAAAGCCUGCUCUGCUCUAAACACAAUGAGCCUCCGCUGCUCCUUUUGUCACAGAAACUGGAACAAGAAACUAUAGACAGCAACACAUUCAACACAGAAAGAAGAGCUGGACACCAUUUGUUGCGAGAGAUCGAACGCAAUGGCUGCUGUGGAACAAUUCCACCCCGUAGCGCCUGAGCAGUUCGAAGAGUUCGAGGAGUGGUCGAGCAACGUGGCCCCAUCUGAUGGUUGCCUUGACGACUGGAGUGAUUUUAAUGACAGUUCGACCUGGGAAGGAGAAGGAGACAGACCUGCCUCACCUGUUCCUACUCAAAGGAGCACUGAGCCUGCGCACCAAUCCUCAGAGGGCUUUGCUGCUGAUAACCCAUGGGAUGUGUUCCGGGAGUGCUUCCCAACUGCGGAGAAGAGAGAGGAGGAUGAGGAAGAAGAGGGUUCGGCAGCUGUCCCCGCUGACCUCCACGUCCCUACGCUGGCCGAGCUGCUGAGGACCUCCACAGGCAUGCCGUUAGAGUCCGAGCAUAAGAACAGUAGGGCGCUGGGUGUGUGUAGUCGUCUGCUGUGUGAGGAGGCCUGUGUGAGGUUGUCGGGGCCCAAGCCCAACACAUACUCCCGCUCCCAGCUCAUCAACACACUACCCCUGGUCGACCCAGACACACACAAUGCAGAGGACAUGGCCCUCCCUGACAUGGAGCUGGAGCAAACUGAAAACCCUCCCGCUACACUUAUACAGACAAAGUUGGUGGCGCGCUCCCUGUGCCGCGAGCCGCCGGCCUUCAUGUAUCAGGUGUCCAUGCGCUGGCUGAGGCAGUGGAACGCCAACAUUCUGCUGCAGGCCGCGGACAACGCAGGCAAGGGCCUCCAUCUCUGACAUCACAUGAUCACAAACAUGUACCGCCUCAACACAAAGACUUCCUGGACUGAGACGGGUGUAGUAUCAAUAUCCUUCCUCUGGCUGCCACCUGCACACCUUCCUCCAUGUAGCUGCAGGCCGCAGGCAAGGGCCUCCAGCUCUGACAUCACAUGAUCACAAACAUGCGCCCUCAACACAGGCAAAGACUCCCUGCACUGAGACGGGCAUCGUAUCAAUACCCUCCCUCUGGCUGCCACCUGGGCACCCUCCUCCAUGUUGCAGGCAAAGAUUUCCUGCACUGAGACGGGCAUCGUAUCAAUAGCCUUCCUCUGGCUGCUACCUGGGCACCCUCCUCCAUGUAUGUACAGUAGCUGCAGGCAACAACACAGCCAAGGACCUCCUGCAAUGACAAAGGCUUUGUGUGGAUGUUCAAUAUCCCUACUCUUGGUGCUUCCACCCAUCUCCCAUGUCCUGCCUCCUGCCUUGACUCUGGACAUCAUCAAGGGCAUUAACAUGCAGGUGCAGGCCCUCCACGCACGGCAAGGGGCCUCCUGCACUGACAUCACAUGAUCACAAACUUGAAAAAGGCCAUACGGGCCGAAACAUUGUUUUCUUGAUAAAUUGCAGCACGAUGGACAAGAGUGUGCGGUAUCUUCUUCUAAAAAAUCACAUGAUCACAGACAUGCGGCUCAUAUGCUGGGCGCAGGCAACGCAGGCAAAUGCCUAACAAGCAAACUCCAAACAAGCAAAGGUCAGGAAGACUCGGAACAAGAAACCUCUUGGUCUAAUACGACCCGCACUUGGACAUGGACAUCUGGCAUAGCGGGCAUUUCCCAGUGGGUCCCGCAACCUCGUGGGCCCCGCAAUGUUUUUUUUCUUUCUAACUUUUCUGAAAAUAGGGGGCCCACAAGGGUGCGGGGUCCACCGGUGAGUCGGUUCUGCACCGCUAAUUAUGAUGGGCCCCUUUUAAGGCAACUCAAGUUGUGAUAGGCCACCGCUCAUCUGUUUAGAAGCUGCAGGAUUCAGUAGAAUUUUCUGUAUAAAAAGAAGACAAUCAGCACACUUCAGGUCUAUUUUUGUGCAAAGAAGCUUUACUUGACUUGCAAGCUUUCGGUCCUUAGACCUUCAUCAGGCAGAGUGCAUACAAACAGUGCUUGUGGUUAAUAUACAUCAUUAUAGAGCUCUUCAGCGUUGACGUCAACUUGUAUGCGGCGUUUGGACUUCCGGUUCGAUGGCGAUUUUUUACAUUGCAAAACGCCAUAGAGAUUCAGGUUUGGCAAAAAUAUAAGUUGCACGGCAACAACGAACAUUAGCGUGUCCCCGCAUCCCUUUCUCAUUAGUGGAACGGAUCGUAUCAUCAUGUUGGUGUAUUCACAUGUUAAAUCAUGACGAUUAUAAUUCAAUAUUGCUAACCCCUUUCUGAUCAUUAAAACUUCCGAACUACAUACUUUCCUUUGGUUGCCAUGGGUACAAGCCUCCGCACGUACAUGCCGUUAGAUACAGGCACCGCUUCUGUAGUCGCCAAAAGCUUCCGGGUUUAGCAUAUGGACGCAACAUCGUAUUUAUGUCGAAGUUUGACACAAAAUGAUCAACCAUGUCAUACCUACAGCCUAUUUUUAACACCCUCGACAGUUUGCGGGGGUUCGCUAAGCGCGUGCUUGCACUCGGAGCUUAUUUGAAAUUUACCCCUAUUCAUUCCCAAUGGAGGCCGGAAGCCGAUACGAACCAGGAAGUCCUUAAAUGCUAACAUGAAAGACUACAAUCUACUACAUGCUUCCGUGUUACUGAAGAACUCUAUUGGCACCUGUGGUGCAGCACUCUGAGUCAGUGAAGCAUUCUGGGAAAUGUAGUGAAAGACAAAUAUGAAACAUAAACAGAGAAAACAAGAACAAGUCCAUGCUUUGCAAGUCCCCUUUUAAGGCAAAAAGUGCCCAGGCCCUAUUUCUCCCCCAGUUCAGCCCUGGAUACAACCAGCACUUGGACACGGCCAAGGGCACCCUGCAUCACACUACUGACACAGACUUGCAAGCAAAAGAACUUAUAACACUGAUACUUACCUACACACUGUGACGUGACCAAGGGACUCCUCUAAUAAACUACUGAUGGACAAGUGCUGCUGCUCGUCGAAAGGACUUCUUGCAAUUAACCACUCACAAGUACUGUGUGGCAUGACGAAAGAUGCCUGAACAAGAUCUAUGAUCGAAACGUUGCUCCUAAUAAAUUAAGUCUUUUGCCCGCAGUGUGCAGAUCCUCUCCCAGGGUACAUGUGGCACAAUAAACUUGACAUGUCAAAA